GAGCAAGUUGCUCACUCUGCCGCGGACUGCGAAAGGAGCAGAGCUGCCAGGCUCGGGCUCCAGCCUGCGGCCGCGCAUUCCUGCGUCUGACCCGCGGCGGGUUCUAAGGGUCGCCCCGCCCUGCCCGCCCCCGCGGCUCCCUGCCACGCUUUGGCCGACGCGCUCGGGGUGGGGCCUAGCGGCCGGCGGAGUGCGGCCGGGGCUGCGCGGCGGUGAUGAGAGCCUGCUGGGCGGCGCGCUGGGGCAGCGGGAGACGCGCGCUGUGGCGCUGUAAUCGGACACCAAGAGCGCUCGCCCACCGCGGCCGGCCACUUUCCAUUCACUCUGAGGUGCUUGAUUGAGCGACGCGGAGAAGGGCUCCGGGUGCCGCGGCUCUAGAGCGCUGAGAUUCCUUUACAAAGAAACUCAGAGGACCGGGAAGAAAGAAUUUCACCAUUGGGACGUGCUGGAAAUUAAGGGCGUCUGGGAAAAGGACUGGAGACGCAAGCGGAUCCAACCCCGGUAGCAAAUUGAUGACUUUUCCGUGCUGAUUUCUUCCAACCUCGGUAUUUUCCCUUGGAUAUUAACCUGCAUAUCUGAAGAAAUGGCAUUCCGAGCAAUUUGCAUGUUGGUUGGAGUAUUUAUUUGUUCUAUCUGUGUAAAAGGAUCUUCCCAGCCCCAAGCAAGAGUUUAUUUAACAUUUGAUGAACUUCAAGAAACCAAGACUUCUGAAUACUUCAGCCUUUCCCACCACCCUUUAGACUACAGGAUUUUAUUAAUGGAUGAAGACCAGGACCGGUUAUAUGUGGGCAGCAAAGAUCACAUUGUUUCCCUGAAUAUUAACAACAUAAGUCAAGAACCUUUGAGUGUUUUCUGGCCAGCAUCUGCAAUCAAAAUUGAAGAAUGCAAAAUGGCUGGCAAAGAUCCCAUACAUGGCUGUCGGAACUUUGUCCGUGUGAUUCAGGUUUUCAAUCGCACACAUUUGUAUGUCUGUGGGAGUGGUGCCUACAGUCCCAUCUGUACUUAUGUGAACAGAGGGAGGAGAUCAGAGGACCAAGUUUUCAUGAUGGACUCCAAGUAUGAAUCUGGAAAAGGACGCUGCUCUUUCAGCCCCACUAUGAACACGGUGUCUAUUAUGAUCAAUGAGGAGCUUUUCUCUGCAGUGUAUAUAGAUUUCAUGGGGACAGAUUCUGCUAUUUUUCGAAGUUUAACCAAGAGGAAUCCAGUCAGAACUGAUCAAUACAAUUCCAAAUGGCUAAGUGAACCUGUGUUUAUAGAUGCACAUGUCAUCCCAGAUGGUACUGAUCCAAAUGAUGCUAAGAUAUUCUUCUUCUUCAAAGAAAAACUGACUGAUGGUAACAGGGUCACAAAAGAGAUUCAUUCCAUGAUUGCUCGAAUAUGUCCUAAUGACUCUGGUGGACUGCGUAGCCUUGUCAACAGGUGGACCACUUUCUUAAAGGCGAGGCUGGUAUGCUCGGUAACAGAUGAAGAUGGCCCAGAAACACACUUUGAUGAAUUAGAGGAUGUGUUUCUGCUGGAAACUGAUAACCCGAGAACAACACUAGUGUAUGGCAUUUUUACAGCAUCAAGCUCAGUUUUCAAAGGAUCAGCAGUGUGUGUGUAUCAUUUAUCUGAUAUACAGACUGUGUUUAAUGGGCCUUUUGCCCACAAAGAAGGGCCCAAUCAUCAGGUGAUUUCCUAUCAGGGCAGAAUUCCAUAUCCUCGCCCUGGAACUUGUCCAGGAGGAGCAUUUACACACAAUAUACGAAGCACCAGGGAAUUCCCAGAUGAUGUUGUCAGUUUUAUUCGGAACCAUCCUCUCAUGUACAAUUCCAUCUACCCAGUCCACAAAAGGCCUUUGAUUGUUCGUAUCGGCACUGACUACAAGUAUACAAAGAUAGCUGUGGAUCGAGUGCACGCUGCGGAUGGGAGAUACCAUGUCCUAUUUCUCGGAACAGAUCGGGGUACUGUGCAUAAAGUGGUUGUUCUUCCUACUAACAACUCUGCCAGUGGCGAGCUCAUUUUGGAGGAGCUGGAAGUCUUUAAGAAUCAUUCUCCUAUAACAGUAAUGAAAAUUUCAUCUAAAAAGCAACAGUUGUAUUUGAGUUCCAAUGAAGGGAUUUCCCAAGUGUCUCUUCAUCGCUGCCACAUCUAUGGUGCAGCCUGUGCUGACUGCUGCCUGGCACGGGACCCUUACUGCGCCUGGGAUGGCCAUUCCUGCUCCAGAUUCUACCCAACUGGGAAGCGGAGGAGCCGAAGACAGGAUGUGAGACAUGGAAACCCGCUGACUCAAUGCAGAGGAUUUAACCUAAAAGCAUACAGAAAUGCAGCUGAAAUUGUUCAGUAUGGAGUAAAAAAUAACACCACUUUUCUGGAGUGUGCCCCCAAGUCUCCACAGGCAUCUAUCAAGUGGCUGCUACAGAAAGACAAAGACAGGAGGAAAGAGGUUAAGCUGAAUGAACGAAUCAUAGCCACUUCACAGGGACUCCUGAUCCGCUCUGUUCAGGGUUCUGACCAAGGACUUUAUCACUGCAUUGCUACAGAAAAUAGUUUCAAGCAGACCAUAGCCAAGAUCAACUUCAAAGUUUUAGAUUCAGAAAUGGUGGCUGUUGUGUCAGACAAAUGGUCCCCAUGGACUUGGGCCAGCUCUGUGAGGGCUUUACCCUUCCACCCAAAGGACAUCAUGGGAGCCUUCAGCCACUCAGAAAUGCAGAUGAUUAACCAGUACUGCAAAGACACUCGGCAGCAACAUCAGCAGGGGGAUGAAUCACAGAAAAUGAGAGGGGACUAUGGCAAGUUAAAGGCUCUCAUCAAUAGCCGGAAAAGUAGAAACAGGAGGAAUCAGUUGCCAGAGUCAUAAUGUUUUCUUAUGUGGGUUUUAUGCUUCUAUUAACAAAUGCUCUCUCUUCAAUGAUCAAAUUUUGAGCAAAGAAUCUUGUGCUUUAAUGAUGGGAAUUACUGAAAAAGGUGGUUAGUCUCUCCUAAAGUGAGUUUUACAUGAACUGAAAUGAGCAUGCAUUUUCUUGUAUGAUAGUGACUAGCACUAGACAUGUCAUGGUCCUCAUGGUGCAUAUAAAUAUUUAACUUAACCCAGAUUUUAUUUAUAUCUUUAUUCACCUUUUCUUCAAAAUUGAUAUGGUGGCUACAAAACUAGAAUGUUGCACCCCUCAACUGAAUGAGGGCCAUAUCCCUGUGGUACUCCUUUCCUGCUUUGGGGCUUUAGAUUUCUAAUUGUCAAUUAUUUUAUAUAUGAAGACAAGUUUCAAAUUCACAGCUUUUACAUAGUAAAAGUCAUAAAUGCAUAUGAUAGAAUGGCUAUCAAAAAAAAUAGAAAAGAAAAGGAAGAGGCUUCUAAAAGUUGUAUAAAAACAUGAGUGAUUCAUAGAGAGAAAAUGAUGAAUUUAUAUGGUUCCAGUGAAAUGUGUUUUUUUUUUAAGAUUGUAAAAUGAUCUGUUACUGGUAUCUGUUAUUGACCUUUGUUUCCUUAUUCGGGAAGAUAAAAAUCAAUAACCUACCCCAUGAAGGUAUUUGAUGGAAGUUAUAUCAGUGAAGCAGUUUGGUUUUCUUAUGUUAUCACCUUCCAAAAAAAAGCACUAUCUUUUUUUUUUUUGAAAGACAUUUAAUUGGUUUUAGACUCAAAGAAUCUAAGCUUGCACUGUUUAGUUAUUAUGUUCCUCUUAUUUCCUAGUCUGUGUGACAAAUUAAAUAAUAUAAGAAGAAAAAAAUUUUGAAGUAUCAAACUUCUAUAUGAGGGGUGAAAUCAAGAAAACAAAAAAAUCAAAGUAGAAAAGACUACUUUUUAAAGAGGAAUUUAUAACAAAUGUGGCUAGUUUUCAACUUCAGUACUCAAAUUCAAUGAUUUAUUCUCCCUUUUAUUAAAAACAGUCUCGAUGUCAUGCUAAUAUUUAAGUCAACACUGUGUAAUUUGUGAUCUUUUCAGUGUGAUGGCAAGAUGCUGGUUAUGUCUAGAAAGUAAAAACACAAUAUGAGGAGACAUUCUUUCCAAAGGUAAUGGUACAUAUGUUCACUGGUCUCUAAGUGUAAAUGUAGUAAGUUUGGUGAUGAACAAAAUAAUUAUCACCUAAGUGUGUGUUUGAAUAAUUUUAUUAGAAUAAUUUCAUAAUAAAUUUAUUUUCUCCAAAUGAAAAUUAGAUGAAAAAAUGUGAAAAAAUUAUUCAUGUUCUCAUAUAUAUUUUUAAAACACUGAUUUUACUUUUUAAUUUACUUUUUAAGACUUUUUCAUGCUUCUAGGUUAAAACAGAUAUUGUACCACCUACCUAAUCCAAAUAUUGUAUAAAAAUUUAAUUUAUACUUAAUAAUCUAUGAAGGUAAUUAAAGUAGAUUAUGGCCUUUUUAAGUUAUAUAGUAUAAAAGUUCAAAAACUAAAUUGUCAAAAUGAAUGUGAUCAUUAAUCAGAAUAUCAGAAUAUGAUCCAUUAUUUAAAUUGUGGUAAAAUAUGAUAAUAUAUGAGGAGGCCUCAAUAUGGCAAAAAUAGUUAAAAUGCAUAACAUAACACCAAACUUCAUUUUUUAAAAAAACUCUGUUGUUCCAAAUAUGUAUAACUUUAAAGUAAUUUCCAAAGUAGUUUAUUAUAAUGGUUUGCCCGAUUAAAAGAUAUAAUUAAACUUCAUUUCUCCUCUACAUGGAAAUGUGUCAAUGUAAAGCCAAAAUCAUCUUCUGUGUUUAUGGCCAAUCUAUUCUGUGUCCAAAGUUAAAAGUGAAAUUGUUUUAGAGUCACAGUUCCCUUUGUUUCACAUAAGCCCAAACUGAUAGACAAUAUGGGUAUUUAGAUUUAUACUAUAUUUGUGCUAUUUAAUUCUAUUUUCACAAUAAUUAAAUUGUGUAUACUUUUAUUACUUUUUAAAAUGUAGAAAUUCUUCAUGAACGUAACUCUGCUGAAUGUAAAAGAAAACUUUUUUCAAAAAUGCUCUUAAUGUACACUGUUGGUGGUUGAUUGGUUUUAUUUUGUGUAGUUUGACAGUUCUCUGACUUAGUAUCUUUUCCAUUCGUAUUGUACAUAAAAUUUUCUAGAAAUACACUCUUUUUCCAAAGUGUACAUUUAUGAAUAGAUUUUAGCAUGAUGAAAAUGUCAUAAUGGUGAAUGUUCACUCUGUGUAAGAAAACAAACUAAAUGUAGUUGUUACACUAAAGUUUAUGGGAUAUUGAUGAAAUCAUUGGCUUGGCAAAAUAAAACAUGCUGAAUUCCCCAA